AUGCCCCUCCUCCUGACGCCUCAGGAACCGCGCGUCGCGUGCUCGAAGCCCGCGCCGGGUGAAGACAUUGCAGGCGCUCAAGGCGGAGACGCAGACGGCGUGCCGAUGCUGAGCCCGAGUGCGUCUCCUCCCGAGGUGGAGGGCGGUGGCAGCUCGACUGCUGUCGCUGCACAUGCAGUCUCGAGGGGCUCCUCUCCUUCUUCCUCUUCUCCUCAUCUGUCUUCUGACUCGUCUUCACCCGCCGCUGCGUCUGUGUCUACGCCUGCUGCUUGCGCUGAGCUCCUCGAUUGCGGCUCAUCGUCCUCGUUCGUGACAAACUUGCUCUCAGCCUCCGCGCGGCCAGCUUCCUCCUCGGCGCCUGCGGCGUCGUCACACAGCGCUUCCGCUCCCAUCGUGUCUCUGGGCUUCGGCGACGAGGCGAAAACGCAUGCAGCGGCAGCGAGGGCGACAGAGAGGCGCCAGCCGUGCAUCGACGUCGAGCGUCUGUCGGGAUUGGACGCCCUUCUCGAGAGAUGCCGCGGCUUCCUCCCUCAGCUGAACAAGUCGCGCUCGCCGCUGGCUCCCCCCGGUCAGCGAGAAGACUGCGCGCCCUGCGCCGCACCGCCCUGUCCCUCUGCCCCGUUGCCGCUUUCUGGGGCGGCGGCGACUCCUGCGGGCGGGCGGCGAGAGGCGCGUGCCGCGGAUGCCUCUUCGAGUGUGGACGCGUCCUCCGCGUCACCGCCGACAGAAGAGCCCGCCGCCAAUCAAAACGCAGAGAUCCUUACUGUCGAGGAGGAGGAAGGGAGCAAACCGCACGUCGAGCUGGAACUCCACCUCGGCGUGUUUGACGUCAAGGGCGAGCUGCCCUCGGAAGCGAGCCUGCGGGAGCAAAACAUUCCGGUCGUGGACAGCGGUGCGAAUCUGCAUGCGCAAGAGGAGGCCGCGGCGAGCUCCGCGGCGGACCCUGUGCGGUUUCUCCUUGAACAGCGGGCGCUGGAACAACGGCUGAAGAGCCUCGGGAUGUGGGACGGGGAAGAGGCCGAGGACGGCGGGCGCGUGGACGCCAAAGGGCCACUCAUCGAAGUGCUGAGCUCCGGCGACGAAAGCAGCGAUGAAGACUAA